AUGCCCCGCCCCCCACCCACAAUUCCACCUGUCGACGGGCUGCCCUACGACCAGCUGCACGAGGUCGCCGUCGAAUUAGAAUUAGUAGACGCCAACUCUCAUCCACCAACCUACUGGUUUGAGCUAGCUGUCCGCUCCGCUGAAGCCGCGCGCAUCGCUGAGCGGCGCGGCUCCAAGGCAGGCCAAUACGUCGCGUACACCCGCCUCGCCAUCGCCUACCAGAAGUGCAUUUUCCACAAGCGGCUUAAAGAAGCUCGCAUCGCCGAUCAUGCCUGGUCCGUCCACAUCAACGAGUUCAAAGUAACUUUCGAAACAGCGAUGCGCAAGGCCAAGGCUCUCAAGGAAGAGCUCAAGGCCGCACCAGUCAGAACGCAUCAGUCCACGAACUCUGUCGAUCACGAACCGGGAGGCUCCAUUGCGGACCGCAUGAAGGCCUUGAGCGGCCAUGGGGUUGACGUGAGCACCAGACGCAUCAGUCGUGACCUCGCGCGUGCACUGCCACCGCGGCCGCCAGCCCCGGUUCACCGACCUUCGCAGGACCUCGUGCACCAGCGUCGCCCUAGCCUCCCCCGCCCGCCAUCAAUACACAACCUGUCCCGUCGCGGCUCGAGCGCGUCGCUCUCGGGCUUGAACGGUGUCUCACCCAAUCCCACUGGUGGCUCAACUAGGAGCAACCACAGCCCCGUCAAGAACACUAUCCCCCUUUAUCGGUCCCCGUCGGCCAUGUCGACGACCUCGACUCGGCAGGUACAAGGGUCCGGCUCCAUGCUACCAUCACCAGCCGGGGGGUCGGAGCCAACGCUUCCGACACCUCCCACUGAACCUGCACCUCCCUCAAUCCCGUCACCACCCGUGUCUUCUGUGCAGUCGUCGCGGAGGGGCUCGGCUCACGUCGAGCCAGACAUGACUCCUGACCGUCCCUCUGCUAUCCUACCACCUUCUCGGCCUCCUCAUCCACCAGCUCCGAUGUCCCGAACGUUGUCGCAGACGGAGGCUGCCGAGCAGCUGGGCAACUUCGAGAAGGCAUUCCCUUCCCUCGACGAGUUAGACAAGCAGUUUGACGACGAGGGUUUUGCAAUCCCAGCUCUUCCUGCUCACACGUCCAAUGGGCUCAGGCCCCUCCCCGAGGCGCCCAAGAAGGCUGAUGGUGAUGCCGCCGCGUUUCUCGGCUUUCCCAGCCUACCGAGUGUUCCGAAGGAUCUGCCGGGGACGCGGGCGCUGCCGAAACCAUCGUUGCCACCGCCCCCACUACCUGUUCGCUUGGACGAUCUCGAGAAGGGCGAUGACCGCCCUCCCUCUCCGCCCAGCCCAGAUAUGAGGAUGCAGAAUCGUCCAGCGAGCACCCUAGGCUUUUCCGCCCAAAACUCGCUCUCGCUGUCUCCCUACAACACGCUACAUGCGCCCGUUAUCGACGAGGCUGCCAAACCUACGUCCACGCCUCAGACUGCGUCUCAAAUGGAGGAGCAAUAUCUUUUGAUGCCAGCCGCGUCCACCAAACCACCCGAAGAUGGCACGUCCCCUCCCUCAACCAAUGGUUCGGCCGCCAUUUCUCCGCUACCACCCGGCGAGGCUGCCAUCUCGUCAUCAUCGCACGCGUUGUCCACCGAGCCGUUGGCCAUGCCCGAACCCCAGCCCGCGCAAGCGGGUGUGGCCAACGGCGCCGGUCUCGGACCUUCGGACACGGACCCACCGUCCGGCUCCGGCAUCCCUACCAAGCCCAACUUCCCGCUCACCAGCUCAAUCACGCCUGACACGCUCAGAUCUUACUUUAUGAACCCAGCCGUCAACGUGCUCAUCUGCGACGUGCGCCCAGCGGAUGAGUUUUCUUUGGGCAUUGUCGGAGCCGAAUACCAUGCGCGCGGGUGCAAAGUCAAUGUUGUGUGGAUCGACCCGACCGUGCUUACGCGACGGGGCCUCACGUCAACGCAGCUCGAGAGCGCGUUGUCCCUCAGCCCAGAAGCGCAGCAGGUCGCGUUUGCCAGCCGAAACCUUUACGACUUGGUCGUGAUUUCCGACUCGAGGUCUAAGAUGUUCCCGAGCAAGAGCGAGCCGCAAACGCCAGCUGGCAACUUGCGCGACAUUAUCUAUGAGCAUGAGUUUGCCAAAACGUUGCCCCGCUCGCCUGCGCUUCUCGUUGGCGGGUACAAGGGAUGGGUCGAGUUCAUCAAGACCCGGCAAGCGAUUAACAUGCAGCAUCUCCAGCAGGCGCACGGGUCGCAGGCGCCAAACGGCACGCCAGGCCAGCCCAACGGCUACUCGAAGCCACUGUCUCCUCGACAGGCGAACUCGAAGGCACCUCCGAUUCCUGAACGGCGAUCCGGGCACUCGCGUGAGAAGUCAUCCAACGUGUUGCCGUCGCACUAUUCGAAAGAGAUCACAGAGAACUUCUCACACAGUUCGCCGCAGUCGAUGACAAGCUCGCGGCACCAGCAUAGCCACUCGGCGUCUUACUCCGGGGGGCCUGCUUCGUACACGCCGUACCAGCAGGCUCCGAUUGCUCCCACGCGACCGCCCAUGCCGCGUGCGCCGCAUGGAUCAUCCAACUCUAUCUCAUCCACAUACGGCAGCGUGCAAGGGUACACCGUGCCUUCGCACAACCGCAACGACUCGUUCUCAAACUACUCGGUCCCCACAGGCAUUGUGCCGCCGCCUCGUGCGUCGGUACACACCAGUGCAAUGACGCGCAGACAGAGCAGCACCGACUUCAUGGACUACGGGUCGCCCCGGCAGCAGCAGCGUAUCGAGUAUCCUCAGGCUCAUGGCCUGGUGCGCGUCCCACAGCCACCGCCUGCUGCCGCGUCACAUGGCCUCGAACGGCAGGACCAACGCGCGCCGAUGCGCCUCCCAUCUCGCAUGGAGAACCUCUCCGAGACUGGUGUGCGGUACUGGCGCGACACGAAGCUUGGUCUGACGGGCCUCAAGAACCUCGGCAACACGUGCUACAUGAACUCGACAGUGCAGUGUCUGAGUGCGACGUUUCCGUUCGCUCAGUUUUUCCUCGACGGCGCGUACAGGCGUGACCUCAACACGACGAGCAAUCUCGGCACCAAGGGCCGCAUGGCCAAGGCUUUUGCUGCGUUACUUACGGCGGUGUGGGGAGAAGAUUUCAAGUCUUUAUCACCGAUAACAUUCCGGCAAAGCAUCAUCAGCUUCAACGACCUGUUUGCGGGGAAUCUGCAGCACGACUCGCAAGAGUUCCUGUCGUUCGUGCUUGACGGCCUGCACGAAGAUCUGAACCGCGUCAAGCAAAAGCCGCAGAUCGAGAUGACGCCGGAUCGUGAGCGGGCUCUCGAGACUCUCUCGCCAUCAGUCGCGAGCGACAAGGAAUGGAUACUGUACCGCCAGCGUGACGACAGCUUUAUUGUAGACCUCUUCCAGGGUCAAUACAUGAGUAGAACGACGUGUCUGACGUGUCGUAAGACGUCUACGGUCUACGACUCGUUCAUGUGGCUUACGCUCGACCUGCCCGUCCAAAAGGGCAGGGUCAUGCUCCCAGAGCUCAUUGACCGUUGGGUACACCCCGAGACACUAAGUGUUGAAGAUGGCUGGAUCUGCACCAACUGCAAGGUGGCACGGAAGGCGACCAAGGCGCUCACGCUCGUCCGCCUCCCGCCUGUGCUGCUCAUCCAGCUCAAGCGCUUCAGCUUUGCGGGCGGUUUCUGGAACCGGUCCGACACACCCGUCAUCUUCCCGACGAACAAUCUUGACUUGACCCGCUUUGUGCCGCGCCGUGAGCCGACUGGGUCUGAAAACCUCGACGACCCGCGCACGCAGAUCGGCCCGUUCAAGUACGACCUGUAUGGUGUGACGAAUCAUUUGGGGACGCUGUCCAGCGGGCACUAUACUGCGUUCGUGCGCGACGCGGGGCGAUGGAAGUUGGCCGAGGACAGCCGUAUCAGCAACGCGUCCGAGCGCGACGUCGUGUCACACCCAGCAGCGUCCUACAUUUUGUUCUACAAGCGUGUCCAGGCAUGA